UGUCCUGGGUCCUAAAGACCAACAGCAAAGGCCGGGAGGUGGGAGGGAGUGUGGGGUGUUGGCCAGGGCUGGGCCACUGUGCUUAGGGACUUGGACUUCAUUCCUGGGCAGUGGGGCGCCCUGGCAGGUUGUGUCUGUCCCUCUCGCCCUGGCUGAUGUGGGGGACAGUUGGGAGGGGGCAGACCCAGAGCCCCGCGGGGGGCCAGUAAGGAGGCUGCUGGGAAAAUCCAGGUGGACUGAACUUGCACGGAGCCAGGACAAUGCUGUUGAAGGUGCCGAUGGACAAGUGUGACGUAGGACAGUGCUACAUGCUGAGAGAAGGUGUACGUCCCGGAGAAGGUCACCGUCGGGGGAGAUGGCUUAGAUCACCAGUCGCUUCUCCAUUUCCAAUGUUCUUAAUCCUCAUGGAUCCACAACCGUAACCAUGGUGACGCGGGUCGAGGUUGGCUCCAUAACAUCCUUGACAGCGGUACCGGGCCUCGGUGACAUCAGUAAGGAGGAGACCCUGAAGAGGACCUACUUCUGCCAAGCAGGUGGCACCUCGGGGUCGCCCUCGGCCCGGAUCUUGGAAGGAAAGAGCCCCCUGAGGAGCCCGGCCCGCCUCUUCCCUCUGCCCAGACUCAGCCCGAAACCCUUCUCCAAGGACCAGGCCCCCGAUGUGAGACCCCCGGGCCCACCCCUGUGGCCCGGGCCCACCAGGCCCUGUGCUGCUGGGCUCUCCGAGGAGGCGACCUCGAAGCCUCUGGACAGUAGGAUGCCCAGUCUGGUGGGACAGGAGGUGGACGGCCCCGAGGGCCCGCGGACAGGCCCGUCCCCACUCAGCAAGGCCACUUUCCUGCGGCCCGGCCCUAGCACCAUGAUCCUCUUUGAAACCACCCAAACCGGCCCCACUCUGGGGAAAAGGGUCAGCGAGGUGGCUCCGGAGGCCACCGCUGGCGUGUCCCAAGAGGCUCCUUCAAGUGCCCGGCCUGAGGUGGCCGCCAAGCCUGCCUUGCCUGCCCGGAAGCCCCCGGGGCCCCUCCCCCGACCGGCCUCCCUGCCACAGGACACACGGUCAGCCACACCCCAGGAGGAGGCAGGUCAGGCCCAGACGCUCUCGAAGGCCCGCAGCGUGGAGGACACCGCAGGCCCUGCUCUGGAGCCCAGGCCUCAUCCCAGGAGAAGGCCCGAGUCGGCCAUUUUCACUGAGCCCAUCCAGCCGCAGAAGCCAGGCCCAGGCGGGGCAGCUGUGGUAGGGAAAGUGCCCCCGGCCCCUCCCGAGAAGACCUGGGUGAGGAAGCCCCGGCCUCUGUCCAUGGACCUCACGGCCCGGUUUGAGAGUCAGGAGGCCUUGCUGAGGAAGGGGGCCAAGGAGGGGCGUCAGGGGACAGAGACGGCCAACCCGGAGCCCAAGGCAGACAGGGGCUGCUCCGCCAGAGCAGAAGCUCCUCGCGGGGACCCAGACUCAGACUUCCUGCAGGUUGCCAAGAAGAUCCGGGAACGCAAGGAGAGGAUGCUUCUGAAGCAGGAAGAGGCAGGCAGCCCCAGAAUCCCAGGGGACACAGCCAGGGUGGACCCUGGAGAUGACCGGCGUCCUCAGGAAGAGAAAGCCAGACUGGACCAGGAGCCAGAAAAGACGCCCCUGUCCCCUCUGCCCAGGUCGGGAAGAGGCCUGGAGCUGGCAGAGGUCAAGACCAGAGAGGCCAACAGGGAGGCCCUGGCAGGGGCGGCAGGGGCAGCAUGGACGUCCAGGGGCAGCGUCAAGAAGCGCCUCAGCCUGUUCGGGGAGGAGGGUGCCUUGGGCCCGGCAGCAGGGUGUGAGCGCCCCCCGGUCACCCCUCAGUCCCCGUCCGCAGGGCCGCAGCCUGAGAAGGUGGGCGUGAACGUCCAGGAGCGGAUCAAAGGCUGGAGCUCCGAGGGCCCCGGGGUGAGGCUGGAGCCCAGGAGGAGGACGCUGCCCACGCGGCCACUGUCAGCUGACCUGACCAAACUGUUUUCAAGUUCAGCCCCGAGCAGCGAGAUCAGGUGUGAGCGGAGCCCCGUGCCCGGCCCCGCGCGCCCCGAGGAGCCCACGGAAGAGAAGGACGGACACAGUCUGAAUGGACAGACUUCCCCGAGAGGCCUCUGGAAGCCUGGGGCCCCCCCGAUGAAGUCCAGGAAGACGGAGUGCCAAGACGGCUGCCACCAAGUCCCCAGCGGCGGCCGGGGCGGCUCCUCCGAAGUCGCCCCGGAAGGCGAAAGCAGCUUCCAGACGGUGUGGGCCACGGUGUUCGAGCACCGCGUGGAGAGACACUCGGUGGCCGACCUGUCGGGGCGCCGCCUCUUGGCCACGCUCCCUCGGGAUGGCACCGAGGCCCAGGCCUCAGAGCCCAGACCCAGGCCCGAGAAAGGCCCGUGGCUGGCAGUGACGGCCCCCAGGAAGGAGAACCCCAGGUGGCCUGAGAACCCGGCAGAUGGCGGGCCGAGACAGAGCCCCGGGCCCAUCCCGGAAAAGCACCCUCUUGGGGACAGACACGCCAACAGCCCUUUCCUGAGGCCCUCGGGGAACGCGCCCGCCUGGCAGAGGGUGGAGCCCAGGUAUGACGUGGUGCUGGCCGUCGGGGAGCGAGCCCACGGCGAGGCUGUCCCCACCGCGCCCGAGGCCCAGGUGGUCACGCUCCGCAGCAGCCGGCCCCGGCCCUCGCUCAAGGACAGGCAGCUGUCCCGGGAGGCCACCCCUGCUGACCCGGAGCACAGCCCGCAGGGCCCGCUGGGGUGUGUCCAAAGGGCCAGCCUGAUGUGGGCGGCUCAGGGGCAGGAAGCCGGCAGGUCAAAGCCUGUCUGUUGGGAGCCGAAGGACACGCCCGGGGGCAGUUGCCCGUCACCCAGAUGGACAGGCGGGAUGGUCACAAACCAGCAUAAAGCCACCGUGGGCGUCAGCCAGGAGCCCUGUGCUCCUGAAGACACUUCCGCCAGGGCCAUCAGGGCUUCCGCCUGGGAGGCCCGGCCCCCGAGGCCUGAGGGUGUGGGAAGCAGUUCUGUGUCAGGAGAGGGUCCACCCCAGGGGGGACCCCUGGAUGCUCCAGCCAGGGCCAAGGACAAGCCAUUAGGCUCCCCAGCACAGGGACGCCCGGAGACUCCGCCUGCGCAGAAAGGGCCCCUCGCGGCUGCCAGCGCGGGUGACCCAAGGCUGGCCCCAGUGGCCGAAGCCAAGGCCUGGAAGGCCAUUCCCGCUAGCCAGAGGAUGGACCGGUGGAGGCGGCGGACUUUACCCCACGAUGUGAAAUUCGACGAAUUCAGCUUCCAGGCCCCCGAGAACACUUCGAAAGCAGAGCAGAGGAGAACCGGUCACUCGGCCCCCACAGCCAGCGCCUUACAGAAGCCCCCAACCUCCCCGACUCAGGCGGAGACCCCCUCACAGGACCGGACGCCCCCAGCAGGGAAGCCAGGGUCAUCUGCGGAACCCAGGGCGACGUUUUUUGCGAUAACCUAUCAGAUUCCUGAUAUUCAAAAGGCAAAAAGCGUUGUUAAGUCGGGGCCCGAGAACUCACUGGAACAUUCCAGAAAAGCGGCUCCGCCUCCCUCACCUCAUUCUCUCACGUCUACUUUGGUUUCUCCCAACCACGAAGAGCCACAGGCUUCUGCCGGCCGUAGAAGCUGGGCUAAGGGACCCGAGUGUGUCACGGUAACCAGCUGCUCCAAAGCCCCAAAGCCCACGGGCCACCUUUCCCCCGUUGGGGACGGGACUCUGGACCCUUCCAGCCAAAGGAUCAUCGACGUGGAUGCCUUGUGGAUUCCUCGGUCCGAAGACGGCGUGGGGCUUCAGAGCAACUGGAGGGACAGUGGAAGUAGCACGUCCCAAACUACCCCGGCCCUGAGAAGUCGUCCGAAAGCCAGCAGCCUACUGGUGAGAAGGAAGACGGAGGUGGUCAGCGAGACCUACCCAGGUAAACUGCGAGACGGCUACAGAUCCGGCAUCCUGGACAUCGACGCCCUAAUGGCCCAGUACCGGGAGCAGAGCUCCAGCCAGCCCCAGGAGCGCGGGGACAGUCCCACCCUGGAGCGCAGCAGCUCGCCCCUCGAGAGACCCAGCCGGCCAGGAGGCCUGGAGCCGGGAACCUGGAGCCCCCAGGAGGCCACGGAGGCCAGGGGUCUCCCCAAACGAGCCACCCUUGCCGAACCCACUCGCACGUCCAGCCCCACCUCGGCCAGGCAGCCAGCAGAGACCCCGGGACCAACCCCGGCCACCAAGUCUGGCUCCCCUCUGUGGGCUCUGCCACUCUCUGCUCCUGCCGAAAAAUGUCCUGCGGCCUCUCCCGUCCCCGAUGGUCCCAGGCACAAAGUCUUGGGGGUCGCCGAGAAUGAAGGCAAGGCAUCUGUCAGUCAACUUGGGGUCAAGUGUCAGAAUUACCCCGCCCAGCCCAGGCCCUCUGCUCGGGAGGACCCGGCCAGGGGCGGGAGGGUAUCGCCCAAAUCACCCCCUGCUGAGCGCAAGAAAAGGACUCCAAGGAAAUCCACAGGGCAGGAUGAGGAGGGUGACUCCCCACUGGCCUGUGGGAGGUUGCCGCUGGACAUCAGGAGGUCCUGCUCGGAGAAGGGUCCCUCUGCCAGAACCCAGGAGGGCCUGUCCAUCAUGCAGGAAGCCAGAGAGAGGAGGCAGGAGCAACCCAAAGGGAGGCUCAGCCUCCCCACCGAGAGUUCAGAGGCCAAAACAGGACCCCGUCGGUGGGAACCCAGGAUUCAAGACAGUUACAAGGUGCCAUCAAGGGGCCUGGAGCAGGGGGAUGCCCUUCAGGAUCAUGAGCAGCCACUUCGACAGGUGUCCCCUGUGGCCUUGGGACCUCGGAGAAGUCACAGCUUUUCCAAGGACAAGAUGAGCGGGCCCUUUGUGGACCAGCUGAAGCAGUGCUUCUCCAGGCGGCCCCCGGAGCCCAAGGACACCGACACCCUGGUGCACGAGACCGACGGCCAGUACGGGACAUGGGCAGACCAGCGUCAGAGCGGGGACAGCCUGGGCCCCGAGUCCCCGUCUCCGGACAGCAGCACCCCGUCGGCGCGGAGACCGCACCCCAGCGGCCGCUUGUCAUCUCUGUCCUCGCAAACGGAGCCCCCCUCGGCCGGCGACCAGCGGAGCACCAGCGUGGACCGCUCCAGCUCCGAGCUGGAGUCCACCGAUGGGACGGACGGGCUGCCCCCGCCCGAGCCCUGCCCGGCGAGCAGAGUGGACGACUUCUCCUUCAUCGAUCAAACCUCGGUCCUCGACUCCAGUGCCCUCAAGACCCGGGUGCAGCUCAGCAAAAGAAGCCACCGCCGGGCUCCUAUCUCCCACUCCCUCCGGCGCAGUCGAUUCAGCAAGUCGGAGAGCCAGUCUCCUUUGGAGGAGGAGAUGGAUAGCAUGUGGAUGUUCAAGGACUCGACAGAAGAGAAAUCGCCCAGGAGGGAAGAGUCGGAUGAGGAGGAGAAGCCGUCCAGGGUGGAAAGGGCCGCCCCCAUCCUCCCUCAGAGGAUGCCCAUGUUCCCCGGCAUGGACCCCGCAGUGCUGAAGGCUCAGCUGCACAGGAGGCCAGAGGUGGACAGUCCUGGCGAGACCCCCAGCUGGACCCCCCAACCCAAAUCCCCCAAGUCCCCCUUCCAGCCUGGGGUACUGGGCAGUCGCGUGCUGCCCUCCAGCAUGGACAAGGACGAGAGGUCAGAAGAGCCCUCUCCCCAGUGGCUAAAGGAGCUGAAGUCCAAGAAGAGGCAGAGCCUGUACGAGAACCAAGCUUGACCAGGCAGGGGACACUGCCACAUCCAGUUAACAGAAGCCUUAAGUGCCAGACUGUCUGAACCCGCAGAUGAGGCCGAGCCGCAGCACCUUCCUGCACCACGCUCACGUGCCUGGGCCCCUCCGGAGGCCCGACACUGCUGUCCGGAGCCCCAGGAUCUGGCCAGGAGGCCCAGCCUCCACGGCCCCCCUGCGCAGCUCCCGAGACGGCACUUGCGCCCGGAAAGAAGCCAGGUCCCCAGAAGGGGCCACGCCGGCGGUUUCGGUUUGACUGAGAAGUUGGCAUUUGGACCCUAACCCCCAGCAGCUGCAGUUCUGGGGUCACCGACGCGGGGCCGGAUUGGGGCAGGUCUUCUGGGGAGGACCUUUCCCAGCGAGUGCCCAGUGUCCGCUCCCUGGUUCCUGUGUCUUCUGGACAGGCUCCUUCCCGUUCCUUCAAGGGCGUCUGCCCUUCCAGGGAGGCCGUGGGCGAAGCGGGCCCGGGUCAGGGCGCGUCACCUUUGUUUGCUUUAGAAGGUGAUAAAGCAAUAAUUCUGCCAGUUUUCUUGGAAACUUGACGUGUCCACAUGCCGGUGCAGGACAGGAGGCGGGUGUUUGGACAGCAGGCUUCGAGGUGGCUGAGCGCCUCCCUACCCAAGCUUCGUAAACACGGCCAUUGUCCUCCUGGUACACACCUCCCUGGUUUCCUUCCCUGUGGUCUCUGGGGAGGCGGUGACCUUGUCCCCGGGCCUCCGAGGUUCGUCAGCUGUAGCUGAAACAGCGGUGCCUUUGCCACCGAGAUGUCGGACCUGCGCUGGGCGCCUCUCCCCAGCCUCUUUUGAACACAGCUGGCCUUCUGGGCGGAGGGACCCUUGCCCGCAGAGCUCAGGACAGACCCUGAACAGGGUCCUUUCCGCCCCGUCCCACCUCAUCCCACCUCACGUCACCCCCGCACACAGCUCCGCCUGCCCGAGGGCUCCUUUUGGUUCACAGGCUGGUCUCGCUCAAAGUCCUUCCCCGGAGGGGCGCCCAGGACGGGGACUCUGGGCGGAAGUGCCGGGUGCUAGGGACACAGGGUAGGACCCACCUGGCCUCUCUUUUUUGCUGGCUGCAAGCUCAUACCCAGGAACAGCCCAGGCCUCUGGCAGCUCCAGACACUUCUUCUGUCUCCCGGGUCGGAAGCCCCAGGCACCAGCAAACAGCCUAGAGCUGCCUAGAGGGUCACCUGCCCUGCCUGGAGCUGCCAUAAAUCUUGUGCCAACCUUGCCUGGGAGAUGUCCUCGGUGGGAUAUCUGGGCUGCCCAGGACUGUGGAGGGACCCGCGGCCCAGCGUCCUCACGGACCCCCACGCGGCCCCAGCUAGAGAGCAAAGCAGGCAGGCGCGCACCCGCCCCCGGCUUCCUGAGUGGGCGGCACCUCCCUUGGUAAAUCCGUUCUUUUGCCGACGGUGUCAAAACUUGCUGCUCUCCUCCCGGGUCACUUCUGCGCUGUCCCCCCCUCAUGUCCUGGUCUUGUCUACCUGUACUGCCUCCUCUCCCUCGUGGGGUGAGGUAGGGUGGGUGGCAAUCCUCCUGUGUCUGUGAGGACCGUGGUUCAGCACCACGGACACCGCCCGCGCCCCACACCCUCCUGUGGGCGGCUGACGGGCAGCUCGUGGGUCCCGCCUCCGCCCAGCCUUCUCACGCUGAAGCCUGGUGCCUCCGUGUCUGUGACUCUGGACCUGCUUGGUGGCACUUUGUAUUUCCUUCACCCCUGAGUCAAUGGUCAGUCUGUCCUCUGGAGCCACUUGGGGAUUUAAUUCCUCUGGAGCAACGUGGAUUGGUUUUCUUGAAGAUGCAUCUCCUGUUUUCUGACACUUUCGAGGUAGUGGCUUUCCAAGUCCAGGGACACACCCUGGAGUGCUUUGACCCUGACGUUUCUUGGUUGCUAUCUUUCUUCUCUUGCAGGUGAAAGGGGCUUCUUGUUCCCUCUCAGGAGCAGGCACAGAGCAGCUCUUGAUAUACCGAUGUCACCACCAGGGGCGCUUAACCACUGAGCCACAUCCCCAGCCCUUUUGAUAUUUUAUUUAGAGACAGGGCCUCACUAAGUUGCUGAGGCUGGCCUCCAACUUGGGAUCCUCCGGCCUCAGCCUCCCAAGCCUCUGGGAUGACAGGCGUGUGCCACCAUGCCCAGCAGAAUCCUCGGUUCUUAAUGAAUCUGAUAGUAGCCCACCUGACAGGAAAGAAGACCACUCAGACAUGAGAUUGCCCCACCUCGAUUGGCACGAGCUACUUAAUUCCGUGUUGACGAAGACCGAUGCUGACCUUGAGUCUGCCCCUUUGACGGUCCGCAUCCUCAUCUCCUCCAGCACCCCAGAGCUGACAAUCACAGUCACGCGGGUCCCCGGGACCCCUGGUUCCUGCUUACAGUCAGCACCAUGGAGUGACGUGCAGCUGCUGUUCGGAGCCUGAGCAGAGAGCUGGGCCGGGGGUCACUUAUUUCUCCUAGGGGGCACGCAUUUUGGGGCGUGGCUACAGGUGGCAUGAGAGCUCCUCAAGUCUUCUGGGAGCCCCCUUUGGAACUCUGUCCCCUUUUAAACUAACUUCAUAUGCCUUAAUCAUCUGUGUGCACUGAGCCCCUAGCCAGCCUGUCCUGGGGCCUCGGCUCCCCGCCCUGCAGCUCCCACACCCCGUGUGGGCCCCUCUCCUCCGCCCUUUGCACCUCAGCUCUUUGACAGCUGGCCUUUUGAUAAGUCUGGAUCUUUUUCCCCUCGGCAGAUUCCCCCCCCUUCUCGGUCCCAGGCCUCAUGAAACAGACAACUCUGGCCCGUGAAAUUGCACGACCAGGGCUCAGAAAUCAGUGUCGUGAAGAUGGACAGCCUCACAUUAGACAAUCAGGGACACAGGACGGUCAGAUGGCGGCACAUGCUCCUCUGGGCAGCCCCAGGAGCAAAGCCAGCCUGCUAAGGAACAGGAUCAGGAAGAGACUUGGGUCUGAGGCCUGAGCGGGAGACUCGGAGAGGCCUUUAGUGUGAUUUUCCUAAAGCCAACCACAGCGACUCCGGUGUGGUGUGGCCUUCUGUGCAUAAACCCUCCGGUCCCCUGGCCUCCCGCCUCCCCCUGGAGCGAGGCAUGACCACAGAGCCGAAACUCCGUCCCCAGCCCCAGUUCAGACGUGCAGGCCGAGGCCGGUCAGGGCAGGGGCAGGAGCCUCCGUGCCUUGGUCACGCCGUGUGUUGAAACAGGACAGCAAAAGGCCCGGGAUGUCAUGGCUCCCUGGGGCGGGAGGGACAGUGUGCAGGUGGAGGGGGCCACAUCUCCAACGGAGCCUGCCUCGGGCUCCGUUCCCAUAGCAAGGGGUGAGUCCUCGUUCCGUGCUGCGAAGCCACCAGGAGUGACCCCAUGGGGGCAGGCCAGGGCUCUGGAAGAGCAGUCACCAUGAACUGGGUCUCCACUGUCCCUGUCCCCUCAGUCCCUAUUGCUCUCUUGUGUCUGGGUUGGUUUCCGCAGGAGUGUGAACAGAAAG